UGGAACAAUGUCCUUCUGCUGAGGAUUCUUUCAUCAUUUUGACCUUAUCUCGGGUCUGAGAGCGUACGAGUUCCCGUCAUCGUACGCUGCAAUAGGCAUCUCACAGACCAGCGUGGACGGCAGUAGAUACGCUGAGCCAUCAUGCCGAUCCCCUUUUAUCAUCCCAAACCGGCCCCAGAGGCUGCGUUUGAGGGCCAGGUGUUGCCCAUGUAUACCGCAAAUAUCUUUUCGAAAGCAGUGUUUCAAUGGAUUGCGCCUAUCAUGAAGGUCGGUUACUCGAGACCUAUUCAAGCGGACGACCUCUGGACACUCCCCGAGGAGCUUCAAUGCCAGAAUAUAGCCGAUAUCCUGGAAGCCAACUAUAAUCAACGACUGCCACCGUCCAGGCGGCUGGCAAAAUUCCGCCCCAGCGACAUCAGGCUCAACGAAAAGACCACGGAUUAUGAUGAAAAGUCGUACGAUGUGGAACUGGCUGAUAGGGGUGAUAGGGGUGCAGGCGAGGAAGAAGAAGCUGUCGCUGAAAUUCUGUCUGAUAUGGCCCCGGGAGUAGGAAUGAAGGAUGCUACCACUGGACAACUGCCUGAAAUCGUCACACUCCCUUCGGAAUCCUCGAGCGUCACACGUCAGGAGCCAGCAUCCAAGGAGUCAGAAGUCAAGACAGGAGGAGAUCCGAAAACAAAACCCGCAGCAGACCCAGAGCUGGUCAAGAAGUAUGGUUCCCGCAAGGCCAAAAAGAUCGCGGCGGGCAAGAUGGCGGUAGAGGAUGGCAUAGUCUACGACAUGAGUCUGGUCAGGGCAAUCUACACUACGGUCCGCUUCGAGUGGUACCUGGCCAAUCUCUUCUAUGCUCUCGGAUCCCUUCUUCGAGUCACUGCCCCUCUCAUCACGCGACAAAUGAUCGAACAGCUCGAGAUCGCUAACGCGUAUCAUAAGGCCGAACAACGGGGCGACACGACAGGCUUCCCCCGCCCCAAAUCUGUCGGAUACGGCAUUGGUCUGGCCUUUGCCCUUUUCGUUAUGGAGCUUGGAGGAUCAGUCGCAGUCUACCAGUCACAGCAGCGAGGUUCCGUCAUUGGAUUUUCCACUCGAGCCGCCUUGAUUGACUUGAUCGGUCGCAAGUCUAUGCGCUUCUCCAACAAGUCCCGUAUAGAAUUCCCUAACGGACGACUGGUCACCAUGGUCUCGGCGGAUGCCUCUUUCCUCGACUUCGCCGCUCCCAUGACUGUCAACUUGACAGUCCAGCCCUUGCAAAUCCUGAUUGGAAUGGGUCUUCUCAUCUACACUUUGGGUUAUUCCGCUCUGGUCGGUUUGGCUGUAUUGGUUUGCGCUUCGCCCAUCCAAGGCCGCAUGUUUAUCCGAAUGAUCACAUACCGUCACGCUCAGAUGCAAAUUGUCGACAAGCGUGUUAGAUUGCUCGGUGAAAUCAUCAACAACAUUCGGGCGGUCAAGCUGUACGCCUAUGAGAACUUUUUCGGCGAAAAGGUCUCGCAAUAUCGACGUCAAGAGCUCGCGAAAUUGAGAAAGAACGGUAUCAAUCGUGCUACCAUGACUUCGACGAUGUCUUUCAUCCCAAUUCUUGCUGCAGUCUUGACAUAUGUUACCUAUGGCUUGAGCGGGCAUAGGCUUACCGCUGCCGUCGUGUUCUCGGGUCUGCAAUACUUCAACGUCCUUAGACAACCCAUCUCCUUCCUCCCUAUGGCGUUCACAGCCGUUUCCGAUGCAGCUGUAGCCGUUGGCCGAAUCGGAGAGGCACUGAGGGCCGAUGAAUUGCCAAAAGAGAUUACCAUCAAGCCUGAUGCCCCGCACGCUAUCACCGCUACGGGAUCGUUCCAAUUCGAUUCUGUCCUACCAUCAAACAACACUACAGGAGGUGGUUUCUUUGGUGGUCGGAACCGGGCGCGGGCGAGCGCUGAGAAGAAGAAUGCUAAAAAGCUGAAAAAAGAAGCCCGAGAUCGCAAGCAAAAGGGUUUGCCGCCGCCUGAGCCCGAGAAACCCAAACCUGAGGAAGGAACACCAUUCUCCUUGCGAGACAUUUCCCUUCGUGUCCCCAGAGGCGCGCUUGUGUGCAUCGUCGGACGAGUAGGAACCGGCAAGACUUCCCUUCUCUCUGCGCUGAUCAACGAGAUGCGGCAAGUGCAAGGCGAAGUCGUUUUCGGAGGACCCGUCAGUUAUGUACCGCAACAGGCCUGGGUCCAGUCUGGCACCAUUCGAGACAACAUCACCUUUGCGUCGAAACCCGAAGAUGUCGAUUCGGACAGGGUCGACGAAGUCGUCGAGGCCUGCGCCUUGGCUCCAGAUAUUAGCAUGUGGGCUGAUGGUGAUCAGACAAGGAUCGGAGAGCGAGGAAUCACUCUCUCAGGUGGUCAGCGACAGCGAAUUUGCCUCGCGCGUGCGGCGUAUGAUGUGAAGAGCGAAGUCGUUCUGCUCGAUGACCCAUUGUCGGCCGUGGACGCUCACGUUGGUCAUCAUCUGCUACACAAGUGUAUCCUCGAUGGUCCCCUAGCGAAGAAGACUCGAGUCCUCGUGACUCACCACCUCGACGUUCUACCUCUCGCCGACCUCGUCAUCGUCAUGGACAGAAACGACAACAACGAGGGACGCAUCAUCCAGCAGGGGCGAUAUGACGAAUUGCGUGAUCAAGAGGGUGUCUUCCGCACUUUGAUGGAGGAGUUCGGAUCUACGGGCACACAUACCGAGGCCGCUGAAGAGAAGGAACUCGAGAAGACAGAGAAGCCCAAGGAAGGUGGAGGCAAGUUGUUGUUGGAUGAGGAGCGAGAGUAUGGUGCAGUCUCCUGGCGAGUGUACUCCAAGUAUGGAUCUGCGAUGGGAGGAUGGCGCUGGGUCGGUCUCUGUGCUGUGUUCCUGUGCGUCACUCAGGCAGCAAACGUGGCAAACUCGUUGUUCCUCGGGUUCUGGAGUGGAGACGAAAUCCAUUCUUUUGCCCAAGGCGAUUACAUGGCAGUCUAUGCCUGUCUCGGUCUCGCGGUUGCCAUUUUUACAUGGCUUGCAACAUACACCAUGAUUCUUGCCGGUAUUCGAGCCUCUUUCCUAUUGUUCAACGGUGCAUGGAAAGCCGUCAUGAGAAGUCCAGUGGGUUGGCACGAUAGGACACCCACCGGACGAAUCAUCAAUCGACUCUCGAAGGAUAUCGAAAUGCUCGACGACCGUCUUGCUCAGGUGUGGAAUCAGCUCUUGACUAACGCACUCUCCGUGGUCGGCACAUUUGCACUCGUGAUCUAUUCCUUCCCCUGGUUAGGUUUCGCCUUCAUUCCAUUAUGCUUCCUCUAUUACAUUGCCGCCUCUUACUACCGCAUGUCUUCACGAGAGGUCAAGCGAGUCGACUCCAUUCUGAGAAGUUCAAUCUAUGGUUCCUUUGGCGAGCAAUUGGCAGGCAUGGCCGUCAUUCGUGCUUUUGCCCAGCAACUGCCAUUCACCAAACGGAUGCAGGCCUCGAUCAAUCACGAAUGUCAGGCAUACAUCGUGACAAUCACCAUUCAAAGAUGGCUAGGAAUGCGCCUGGAUCUGAUGAGUUUCACGCUGGUCCUCUUGAUUUCCAUCUUUGGAGCCCUCUUCAGAGAUCAGGUCAGCCCAUCCAAGUUUGGGGUUGUCUUGACCUACUCUCUACAAGCUGCAUCCGUCUUCUCUCAAUUGGUCUCGCUAUUCGCUCAGAUGGAGCAGGAAAUGAACAACGUCGAGCGUGUCCAGUACUAUAACGACCUUGAAGUCGAGGCUGCCCCGUCCCUAGAGACCGACCCGAAACCAGAGGAGUGGCCUCUUCACGGUCUCGUAGAAUUUGACAAAGUCCAACUCCGCUACCGUGAGGGCCUUCCCUUGGUCCUCAAAGACCUCAGCUUCACCAUCAAGGCGGGAGAAAAGGUUGGGAUCAUUGGCCGUACAGGCGCUGGCAAGAGUAGUAUCGCUCAAGCGUUGUUCCGGAGCGUCGAAUUAAGCGGCGGAGAGAUCAAAGUGGACGGAGUGAAUCUUAGAACGGUCGGCCUGGAUACUGUCCGAUCUCGCUUAGGAAUCAUCCCUCAGGAUGCCUUCCUGUUUGCCGGAACCGUUAGGGACAAUAUCGAUCCCGAACACAAGCACACCGACGAGGCUUUGGACCGCUUUGUCAACCUCAUUCACAUCAAUUCGGGCGGAUCUAAGAGUUUCAAGGACAAGUUCAAGCUGGAGUCAGUGGUUCUGAAUGAAGGCAGCAACUUCAGCGCAGGCGAAAGGCAGCUAUUGGCUCUCAUCCGUGCCUUGGUCCGAAACUCUCAAGUGCUUUUGUUGGACGAGGCGACAUCCUCGGUCGAUCCCGAGACCGAUGCUGUGAUUCAACGUAUCAUUCAAACUGAGCUCUCGACCGUUACCCUCAUUUCCAUCGCACAUCGACUGCAGACUGUGGCAUACUACGAUAGAAUCCUGGUCAUGGACAGCGGAAGCAUUGCAGAAUUUGACACGCCGUUGGCCUUGUUCGAUACACCUGGUUCAAUCUUCAGAGGCCUGUGUGAUACAAAGGUGGGUUCGCAUGAUCGGCUCUGCUGACUUUGCGCCAGCAUUUGAAUCGAGAAGACAUU